CCGAGGAGGAAUUCGGAGGAGGCGCGAGGCCCGGUGCUCGCGUCGCGCCCGGGAGCCCAGGAAAGAGGCCGCCGGCGGCGGCGGCGGCGGCAUGAGGCAGGCGACGCGGCGCCUGUGAGCAGCGCGCGGCGGCGGCGGCGGCGGGGAACCUCAGCGCGGGGAGAGCCGAGCGGCCGGGGGCUCCCCUCCCCCGCUGCCGGGCGGUGAUUUGCCGGGCCUGCUGCGCCCCCCGCCCACCCCUCGCCCCAGCUGCCGCCUCGCCGCUUCCCUUCGUCGGAGCGGCCGCUCGUCCGCCCGCCCGCCCGGCUCGAGGCCCGCGGGGAGCGCGGCGCAGUCUGUUGGCCCGCGGGGGGGCGGCCUCCCGGCAUCUUCGCGGCGCCCAAGGACGACCAGGAAGGGGAGCGGCCGGGAUGGCGCGUCCGCGGCCCCGCGAGUACAAGGCGGGCGACCUGGUCUUCGCCAAGAUGAAGGGCUACCCGCACUGGCCGGCCCGGAUUGAUGAACUCCCAGAGGGAGCUGUGAAGCCUCCAGCAAAUAAGUAUCCUAUCUUCUUUUUUGGCACCCAUGAAACUGCAUUUCUAGGUCCCAAAGACCUUUUCCCUUAUAAGGAAUACAAAGACAAGUUUGGAAAGUCAAACAAACGGAAAGGAUUUAAUGAAGGAUUGUGGGAAAUAGAAAAUAACCCAGGAGUAAAGUUUACUGGAUACCAGGCAAUUCAGCAACAGAGCUCUUCAGAAACCGAGGGAGAAGGCGGGAAUACUGCAGAUGCAAGCAGUGAGGAAGAAGGUGAUAGAGUAGAAGAAGAUGGAAAAGGCAAAAGAAAGAAUGAAAAAGCAGGCUCAAAACGGAAAAAGUCAUACACUUCAAAGAAAUCCUCUAAACAGUCCCGGAAAUCUCCAGGAGAUGAAGAUGACAAGGACUGCAAAGAAGAAGAAAAUAAAAGCAGCUCUGAGGGUGGAGAUGCCGGCAAUGACACAAGAAACACAACUUCAGACUUGCAAAAAACCAGUGAAGGGACCUAACUACCAUAAUGAAUGCUGCAUAUUAAGAAAACCACAAGAAGGUUAUACGUUUGGUUGUCUAAUAUUCUUGGAUUUGAUAUGAACCAACACAUAGUCCUUGUUGUCAUUGACAGAACCCCAGUUUGUAUGUACAUUAUUCACAUUCCUCUCUGUUGUGUUUGGGGGA